AUGUUUGCUAAAGUUCUUAUCUUCUGUGCAGCCCUAGCAGCUGUCCACGGUUCUGUCCUCCUAACUACACCCCUCGUCAACACCGGAGUAAGCGUGGAAUCCAGGCAACAAGAUGCCUUUGGCAACUACGCUUACGCCUAUGACAUCAAGGAUGGAGCAACCGGAUCCAUCAACUCCAAGGCUGAAGUAGGAAGAGCUGUUGCUGUCGCCGCUCCAGUUAUCUCUGCUCCUUUAGCCUAUGCUGCCCCAGCAGUUGCCGCUUCUCUAGCCUAUGCCGCUCCUGCAGUUGUAGCUCCAGGGGCUUAUGGAGGUGUUCUCGGGCACGCUGGAGUCCUUGGCUUUGGCUAUGGAGUCGGUGUCGGACACGGAGCUCCCCUCGGACUGGGAUAUGGAGCAGGCAUCUUAGCUGCUGGACACAGCAAAGUUCUUCUGUAA